AUGCCCGCCAUGUCAAACAACCGCUCAUGGCUUUUCUCGAUUCCUCAAUCUAGCUCGAUUAGCACGCCGUCAACAGCUUUUUCCGAUCCAUGGCAAGGAAGUCUACCAAACAACCAGCAUGGACGCGUGCCGUCAUCACAGGAGCAAUUCCUCAACCACAGUCAUACCACACUAUCUGACACGGAUUGGUCCGGGGACAUCUUCACCCGUGCCAAACCGAAAAGACCAAGGACCUCGAGGUUCAACAGGAUACCUUCUCACCAGUCCAGCAACUGGCCACUCACUGAAAAGUCUUAUCCGACGACGACAUUCACCAAGGAUGAACUCAGGUGUCCGAAAAGAGGCCUGUGGAAGGCAAUUCUCGUCCCGACAAUCAUCAUAAUCUUACCUAUGGCAUGUCUCGUGGCUGGAUUGUUGGGAUUGAUAUUUGGAUAUCGGGUGAGGUCAGACACCAGCCUUUUCCCGCAGGUUUCCAAUUCCGACACCUUGGGCGACCACGCUGUGGUGCUCGUCAACUAUUCGGCGACGAGGAUAGCAUUUGUCGCGUCGUGGGCGUCAACAUUAGCUCCUCUGCUCGCCGCCUUCAUCAUGAACCUGAUGAGUUAUCAGACUGCUCUCAACAUGCUUCGUUCUUCUUCUGGGACCAACCAGCACGACCUGCCCUCGCCGUACCAGUACAGUCUCGUGGUUGGCCUCUGCCUGGCAUCGAUAGGGAGACUGGGAAGAUACUGGAUCUACUCGACGGGCGAACGGGUCAUUGUCCCACCUGUACUGCGGCGCGCGGCCCGGACGCUAUCUCUCACGUUGCUUCUGGCGGUGGUCGUCUUCGCGGCAGACACGGCCUUGCACUACACCACGACCACGAUCAACUUCGACCAGGUCACCAUCGUCGCCGCGCAGCGAUCGUACGCCGCCUACGGGUUCGGUCUGUCGGAGACGUGUCUGUCCCUCAAAAGGACCGACAAUUUCAAUCUCCCUUGUUCUCGCAACGGACAACUCGCACAGCACGACUACAACGCCUACGUGGCGGGUCAAAACGAAGUGUUUUUUCUGCAACACGGAACCUCCAACGUUUCCGAGGUGAAACUGGUCUUGUCUCCCGGUCGGCCCUCGACCAGUGAGCACGGCAGCGUCGCUAUCCUUAUGCCCCAAAGUCGCAACCUCUCGCCAUACCGGGAUUUCAGGUCCCACACGGCCGGGGUGGUGACGACUUGUGCGCCCGUGAGUUCGGAAUGUCAGUGGAAGACCCUCGGGCCCGACGACAGUUACAGCCAGUUCAACUGUACCAAGAACUUUUAUGGUGUGCUGGGCAAACCGCCGACCAUGACGGCGAACGGGCUGGGGUUUAACGAUUCCGACAUCCCGCCCUUGGGGUUCAAACCCGGCUCGGGUUUACAGUACGCCUACUUUAUGGACGAGAACCUCACCACUCCGUACGACAGCACGGGGGAUCUGAGGCCCGUCUUGACGGACGCACAGCUCAUCAAUCCCGUGUAUUUUGCGCUGGCCGCGAGGUUCGCCGUGUCCGCUCAACGGGCAGGAGUCAGCAUGGCCGACGACCCUGGCAUCCACAAGGGACCGACCCAAAACAUCGAUUUUGUCUUGAAGUGCCAGUACACCACCUACGACGCCGAGUACACCUGGGUCAACUCGACGGCCGAGGUCCACACGCUGGAACCGUCGCCCAACGGGACGCUCGCCGAAAUCUUCCACGGGUACCGGUUGGUGGGCACGGACAGCGCCUUUGACAAUGACCUGGGCGAUGAUAUCUUGCAGGCCGCCCUCGAGGCCGACCCCACGUCCAUGGCGGACAAUUUCGCAGACAGCUUCUCCCAGAGGGUCAUGAGUGUGAUUGGUCCUUUCCUGUCCGCCCGGACCAACUCCCAAGAGCAAGACCGGACGCCUCUCCUCGUGGCCAAGGUUCCCAAGGCUCCCCUCGCCAUCCUGGUCGCGUGUUGCAUCGCCUAUGUCAUUUUCGGUGUCGUCGCGGCCGUCGUCGCGUACCGUGCCCUGGACGACGUCGACGUCCGUGACAUCGCCGCUCGUUUUUCCCUCGCCGCUCUGAGUCUUCACGCCUUCCGUGAGGCAUCGACCAACAACUCUGGAACCGUCGAGGUCGACAUGGCCGGACAUUUGGUCUUUGACGAGUCCAAGAUCCGCGGUGAGACGAGCAGGGUGGGUGUCGAAGGUGAACCGAGGAGUGGGUUCGUAUUGAAAAGUUUGGUUUAG